CCACCACCCCACCCACCACCACCCCACCCACACAGCCUCUCUCGCUCUGCCGCUCGCUGCUCAGCGUCUGGGCCCAGGCAGCGCCAUGGGCGACAAGGACUUCAUGUGGGCGCUCAAGAACGGCGACCUGGACGUGGUGCGAGACAUGGUGACGCAGGGUGCGGAUGUGAACCGGCUGCUGGAGGCCGGGAGGCGGCCCCUUCACUACGCGGCAGACAGCGGGCAGCUUGACAUUCUCAAGUUCCUGCUGUCCAACGGCGCGGACGUCAACGCGGUGGAUAAGCACGGACUCACGCCUCUCCUCGCCUCCAUUUACGAGGGGCACACCAGCUGCGUGAGCUUCCUCCUCUCGAAGGGUGCAGACAAAUCAUUCCGAGGGCCAGAUGGACUCAGUCCGCUUGAAGCAGCCGAGCGACAGGACAUCAAAGCCUUGCUGCAGUAGCUUCCACAUGCACGCGUUACCGCACACACACACACACGCACACACGCACACACGCACACACGCACACACACACGCACACGCACGCACGCAUCGUCCGGUACGUGGGGGGUACUCGUACACACCGCACAACUCCUACACGCUAUCGCAUGGGGGCGGGGAGGUGGGCGUCGGUAUGUUGUGUGACCUUUGCACCCUGCGUACGCACUCGCGCGCUAAUGCACACCCCGGAAUAAAGCGCUCGCACAUUCACGCAACAACCAAUACCCACCGCUGCGCAUCGACGCGCGUGCGUGACUCGGGUCACAAAACGACACCUCGACUGCCGGGAGCGGUCGAUGUUGGCGAAACGCCCCGGUUUUGACGGCCCCGGGUGUGGUUGCCGGAAGUGUGGCUGGCGAGGCGAGCGAGCGAGCGCUGUGAUCGCCCGUGGUGACCCCUGUGUGUGCGAAAGGCCAUGUGAUUUUACUUUUAGCCACAGGGUUUUCGGAGAGCGUUGGGCUCCGUGAGCAUGGUGUUUCCCCCCACCCACCCGUCCUGGCCCACCCGUCCUGGCCCACCCGCGUGUCAUGCUCCCCUUAAUAGGUAUUCCCGAGCAGCAGCGCUUGGCCCCAAAGAGUAAAUCAAGUCUUGGGCAGCAGCAGCAGCAGCAAGAAAGGGGGCAGACUUUGUCCAUGUUUAUACGCCUACUCACACGCGCGUGCAGACAGAGACAAAGAUCCCCCGUAUAGCCUUAAAAAAAACUAGAGGCAAGUGCUGUUAGCGAGCACCUAUGAAGGCCGGCACGGCACACGAGGGAGUGGUUGGCCAGCACCACACUCCCUGUCCACACACCAUUUCAGAUAUCCGUCACUGGUGUUUACCGUGAGCGUAACUGUGGUCGCCGAGUUUGUAGCGCAGUACGCUAACCACUGCACUACCGCUCUCCGCGCGCACACGCACGCCCGCACCCCGCUCCUCCCCAUACUUCCAUGCUCUGCGUUCCAAACAAAGUACAGUGCGUGAAGAAGAUGGGGAGGAAAAAUGCGGGCGCACAUUCCCGCUCGCUUGCACAAACACGUCUUCUUCCUCCUCGGGUUUUAAUGCUUUGCGUGAAUACAGCUAACGUUCCCGCACUCCCUCUCUUAUUCCUGAGGUUCUGCCCCCCCCCCCCCUACAUAAGUCGCCGUUUCUCGAGCUUGGGUAAAGAUCGAUGCCUGGGGCCUACCCCCCAACUUGUCUUGUUAUAGCCAAUUACGGAUUUCCAUCGUAAUCUCCCGCGCACACGCACGCACCCACGUGAUGUUAUGUUCGUGGCCCCACGAGGUUGAUGAUGGAAAAGCAAAAGUCGGAUUGCAUUAAAAUUUGAACUGUU